CCCCCGCCAGUCUCUUCCCCUCAGUCAGUCAGUGUCCGGCUGUGCCGGGGAUGUGAGCUCCGGUCCCGGGAAGAUAAGCCGUCGGGGAUGGCGGCUGCACGCGUGGAAUACAUCACGCCCUGGUGGGUUUACUGGCUGCACAACAUCCCGCACGUGGAAUUCUCCCUGAGACCCGUAAGCAGCGACUUUAACCCGACAGCCCCGGAGUACCGGGAGUCGCUGCUGUUCUGGGCACUGGUCAUCGGCGUCUGUGCUUUCCUCAAUCUGCUGUUUGUCACCAUCUAUCUCGUCUGCUUCUGCUGCUGCAAGAAGGAAGAAGACACCGAAACCAAGAAAACCGGUUCCUGUUGCGUCACGUGGACCGCCACCGUGUCAGGCCUCCUGUGCUGUGCUGCGAUUGGCAUCGGUUUCUACGGCAACAGCGAGACCAAUGAUGGCGUCUACCAGCUGACGUACUCCCUGGAUGAUGCCAAUCAUACCCUAGCAGGAGUGGACACUCUGGUGUCUGGCACCAGCUUCAAGCUGAAGGAAAGCCUGGAUCAGCACCUGCUGCGUCUCAAUGAGAUAUUUGCAGAACAUGGAGAUUACGUCCAGACCCUACGCUUCAUGCAGAUCAUGGCCAACAACAUUGUCUCCCAGCUCUCCAUGUUACCGAACUGGCACGUGACCAGCGGACAGCUUUCCCUGGCUGCCCGGCAGGCUAGCGUCAUCGAGUAUUACAGAUGGCUGUCUUACCUAUUCAUAUUCAUCUUCGACCUGGUCAUCUGCCUCAUGACGUGUUUGGGGCUGGCCAAGCGCUCCAAGUGUCUCCUAGUCACGAUGUUGAGUUUUGGGCUGAUAACGGUGUUAUUAAGCUGGGCCUCCUUAGCCCUGGAAACGUCGGCUGCGGUGGGCACCAGUGAUUUCUGCGUGGCACCUGACAAAUUCAUCAUGAACAUGACACAAGAUCACAUCAGUGCAGAAGUCGUCCAUUAUUACUUGUACUGCAGCCAGAGUCUGAAGAACCCCUUCCAGCAGACCCUGAACGUCUUCCAGAAGUCGCUGACCACCAUGCAAAUCCAGAUACAAGGCUUACUUCAGUUUGCCGUGCCCAUAUUUCCUACUGCCCAGAAAGAUCUCCAGGGCAUCCAACUGCUGCUGAACACGUCCGAGUCUAACCUGCACCAGCUCACCGCUCUGCUGGACUGCCGAGGACUCCAUAAGGAUUACUUGGAGGCCCUUAUCGGCAUCUGCUACGACGGAGUGGAAGGACUUCUUUAUCUCGGCCUCUUCUCUCUCCUGGCAGCAUUUGCCUUCACCUCCAUGGUAUGUGCCGUACCACAAGCCUGGAAGCAUCUGGUGGCAAGAGACCGAGAUUACAACGACAUCGAUGAGGAAGAUCCCUUUAACCCUCAGGCCCGUCGCAUAGCGGUGCACAACCCCAACCGGGGGCAGCUGAGGAGCUUCUGCAGUUACAGCAGCAGUCUGGGCAGCCAGGCCAGUCUGCAGCCGCCAGGUCAAACCAUCUCCAACGCUCCCAUGGCCGAAUACAUGAACCAAGCAGCGCUUUUUGGUGGUAAUCCUCGCUACGAAAACGUUCCACUGAUCGGGAGAGGAUCGCCCCCACCCACGUAUUCCCCAAGUAUGAGGGCGACCUACCUUUCAGUCACUGAAGAGCCAUCCAAUAUUUAUGGCAAUGAGUAUCCAGCUUAGACCCCCCCCUCCCUCACCCUUAUCUGCCAGCUGACGGCGCAGCCUGUGGAGGCCUCCCCUCCUGCCAAGAGCUAAUGGAGAAGAGUCUGUCAUUUUUGGUUGAUAUAGGGGAGUAAUGGCUUGCAAGCCUUUCAGGCCGCAGGAAAAUCCCAUCUUACAGUGGACUGGACUAUGGUCACACUAUGGACAUGACUUGGAAAGAAGAAAUGCAAUAUAGCAAUUUUAAGGGUGUAUGAGAUUUUUAUUGGGGGGGGAGGGGCAUGAGUUGGGAAUAAUGGCUUCCCAAUCUCUCAAAUAUUGUCCCGUUGCAAUAUUUAUAUGACGGAGAAUACUAGAACAGGAAUACCACUGCUCCUUGCAGGUCUGUAUAUGCACCUUGCCCUAAAAUAGUGGAUAAAAAGUGGCUGAGGUCUAACGGUUUGGCUCUAUGGAGCCACCUGCUGGAAGACUGGGGUAACAACCACUCAACUGAUUUUUAUUUUUAUUUUUCUCUAAACUCAUAUCAGUAUUGCAGGGGCUCAGGAAACCCCACCAGAUGUGAAACUGAUGUAUCCUAAGCGUAUGUAAUGUUUUCUAUGUACACGAUUAUCGCCCGCUGACAGCAAGGGUGGUGAAGCUAUAUAGACUGAUAUAUGGUGACUACUUGUAUUGUUUUUACUUGUUUAAAAAAAAAAAUUGCUGCCCGA